UUUACUUUUAUUUUGAAAAGAUUGCUGCCCAAUUCCGGUGUAAUUUCAGACCUCUUCGAACAGUGAAGCAUCCGUUGACUUCCAUGAGGUUCUUGCUCGUGUCCUCCGUGGACUGUAAAAGUCUCCCACAUGAUGGCGGCCCGAGUGCUUUGUCGGCACGGUUGCAGAGUGAACUCUGUCCAUGGGUUCAGGAAAAAGUUUUCCCAGGCUGAAGACGUACACCUCAAACUAAUAGAGGAGACUGAUCAUCAGGAGGAGCAGAAAACGUUGUCACGCCAAAUCCCUUCUCCAUCCCCGUACAGACUGUAUUACAAUCCUUCAUCUUAUUACUACCCUUCAAGGGACUCUGCAAAUUCCCACAGUCAAACAGAUGACCAUGAAGAAGAACAAAGGCCAUCUGACGUUGUACCGUCUUUCAGGCAACAGAGCAAUCGAUACAGCGUGAGUUGCUCGCGGCACCUUUCAAGCUCAAAUAAACUUCUUGAUUUAGCUUUCAAUAAGGCCCCUGAAACGGACAAAACGUCAGUGCUGCAAAUUCACAAAAAGACAGUAACACCAGAUGUUAAAGUAAAUCCACGUGCUUUCCUUAAGACUCGACCGGAGUACGCUUCCACGAGUCUUGACCUCACUCAGCGUCCGGAUCCGGUUGAAUGGGUCGAGGUGCUGCCUGUUCUUCAAAACGUGUCCUUGUUAAAGGGCAGAAUGAAACCGUCUGAUGUGUCCCAGUUGCUGGCCGAACUCAGCAGGUUGCACGCUGACAAGAUGGCGCUGCUGAGAAGCGACCCGCGCUUUCUGACGCUGCUCCGAUACUCCGUGAAGCACCUUCGCCUCUUUUCCCUCUCUGAGCUGCUGGAGGUGCUGCGAUUGUUUGUGUGGGUGGAGAUGCCGUCCUCCCACGCGAUUUUUGAGACUUAUGAGGAGGAGCUGAGCCAGCGGGCCAAGCAAAUGACUUUUCAAGAGCUGUUGUUUGCAGCUGACUUGUGGCGCUGUAUUGGAAGGCAGGUGCCUCAGUUCUUAGAGUACCUGUAUACUUCAGUCCACCUCCAUUUGGGUCAGAUCAAUGUCCCUGAACUGGUGCACCUGCUUUAUAUCAUAGGUGAAGGGAGACACUGCCCAAAAGACUUGGUUCGCCCGCUAGAGCAGCUUCUUAUGCAUCAUUUACAUCUAUUGCAUCCUGAGGAGGUCGGCACGGUUUGCUUAGGCCUUUUCAAAUCCCAAACUUCAGUUUCUGAAAGCGCAGUGACUCGUAUUGUUGACAGGGCUCUGUCCUUUGUCAGUGAGAUGAGCAACUUUGGGAUAGUGAACGUGCUGAAGUACAUGCGCUUCAGUUAUCUUUUUCACAAGCCAUGGCUGGAUGCGAUGGCGCAGGAGAUUCCCCGUCGGAGUCACGGGAUGGGCGUUCAAGGGCUGAUGCAUGUGACAUUAACCUGUUCAGCUCUUCAUUACCGUAAUGAUGGAAUCCUCUCUGCUGUGGCUGAGAGAAUUCCUUCCCUGGCGCCGCAUUGCAGAAGUAAAGAUUCCUGCAAAUUACUGUGGGCCUUUGGCUCUUUGGGGUUUCUCCCAACUCAGAGUCCGGGUUUCUACCCGAGCCUAACGGAAGCCCUGAGGCAGAGGAAAGCUGAGUUUCAGCGGUACCCAGAGCACCUGCUCACAGGUCUACUAGGCUUAGUGUUCAUCUCUCAGUUCCCAGAGGACCUGGUUGCAUUAGCUUUAAGCCCCGAAUUUGUCCACUUAGCAUUGAAACGCUCCCAGCUGGAGCUGAAAAAGGACCUGCUGACUUUAGAUGGAGCUGUGGCUCUGGAGCUGCCCCAGUGGACCGGCCCACGAUUGAGCCGUGAACUCAGGGAGGAGGUGGCAGAAAUGCUGUGGACAUUUGCACAGUCAGAUGUGUGCCAGAAACCUGAAGUAGUCGAGGCUGAAACUGCUCUACAGGAUCUGCUGGGGGGAGAGCAGUUUGUGUGUAAGCGGAUGAUCCUGCCUCACACUCGCUCCAUCGACCUGGAAGUACACCUGGACUCCACAGGACAACCUAUACCUGUCCUCCCACCAUGUUCAGCACAUAAUCCCGCCUCCCCGGUUCCUUCUCAUCAAGACUGGGAGAAGUUAAACACAGGAAUAACCAUCACGGAUGAACUCAUCGGACAAUUAUGUAAUUUAAAAACCACUGCACAUUCUUCUGCUCAGUCCUCCAUAAUCAAGCCUCCAUCUCUUCAGAGAUUUCUUCCUGAUGAAGGUGAGAAAGUGUUUGAGUCCGUGCUGGACCUGACGAGUGGCAUCACAGAGAAGUCUGCCAAACCUAUCUCAGCUCCCCAGGACUUGAAAUGCUCUGUUAAAGUAGCUAUCCAGGUUCCCACCCGGAAUCACUACUGCACGCAGUCACAGCAGCUGCUCGGCCUUCACGCCAUGAAGAGGAGACACCUGAAGCUGGAAGGAUUCAAGGUUGUGGAGCUGGGCUUUCAGGAGUGGUCUCAAAUGCUCAGGAAAAGCAGGACAGAGAAGCUGGCGUAUCUGCACUGCAAAAUCUACGACUGUCUGUAAGAACCAAGAAAGAAAUGUAGAACUUUGGAAAAUACUGUUUCUGGUCUAAUUGAUUGCUAUUUGAAAUGCUGAACACUUUUGUACGUGUCGAAAUGUAAAAACGGACUGUACAGACAUGGAGAUUAAAAGGAUUCUCUUCUGUUUUUGUCUAA